AUUUUUAUGCUCUGACGCUCGGUUGACUCGGCGCUUAAAUUCCUUCCAUUCUUUUUCUUACUUCAAUGUCGACCACAAUGCUUCGCUCUGCAUUGCUCCAAGGUUCUAGUUCGUCAACUAUUUCCCAAGGCAUGUCGAUAAUCCGAAAACUUCUUGCCACGGACCAAUUCCGCGUAAACGGCUUGACGACAGCUGAGAUGUACAAACUCGCUUUGAAGGAAGCGCCUCCGUCGAAUUAUGAGGGACAUAUAAUACAGGACAGAGUGGUUACGAAGAUUCCGUAUACAAAGUCUGGGGGAAAGAAGAUUCCUCCCCCGGAUCCUCCACAUUUGGAACAUCCUAUACGGUCCAUGAGGUACUUGAAGACUCAAAUAUUGCCUAUCCUUCAGGGUCAUAAAGAGAUUCGAAAGGCUACGGGGAAAAGAUUUCAUGCGGUCCCUGAAGCCAAGGUCGAUACGGGGAACGCGAAGACUAAAACCAAGGCUAAAGGCAAAGGGAAUAGUAAUUCGGGCAUCGCUGGCCAUUCCCAGUCAUCAGCAUCUACUCCCUCUGCACCUAUCCCAUACACCGUUCAUUUAUGGAUGCCCACUCAGAAACCAAAGGUUAUAAAGGACGCAGUAGCUUCACCAGCAAUGACUGUGGAUCUCGGAGCAGAAGUUGGAGUGGGAGCGGACUGGGAUCAUUUGAAUAAACGUAGGCAGAGGGCUAGAGGUGAAAAGGUGAAGCGUGAUUUGGGUAUUGCGUCUCAAGUCAGGAAGAGUGAAAGACAGGAGAGGAAGAGGGCGGUGUGGGAGGUGUUAAUGCUGAAGGAGGAGCAGGGGAAGGCAGGGAGUUCCGCGGCGCCGAAGGUUACGGUAGACGAUGUUGAUGCGAAUUCAAAACCUCCACACCCAAUAUAGGUAUAAUGUCAUCGCUUCGCUUCCAACUCAUUCUUCAUGAAUGUACCAGUAGUAGCGUUACCAGAAGUUUGAAUCGACUACGGUUUGGUGGAAUCUGAUAGAAUAAGUCAAAUUCAACUUACUGUACGACACUACAGAUAUCGGCCGACAUUAUG